AUGAUUAAAUCUCUGUUUAUUGUGAGUUGCUCGAACGACGUCAUAUACUCCAGACACUACGAGAACACAUUAGACAAAGGCGUGUUAGUUCCGUUUUAUGACAAAUUGACAACAACAACAUCUUACAAAGAAAUAGCUCCAGUGAUCAAUUGUAACACAUAUUGUCUUUUCCACAUCUGCCAUGAACUUCCAACAAACUCGGUCUAUUUCAUCGCAGUCACUGACACCGAAGUCCAACCCCUCUUUGUCUCCACAAUAUUGCAGAGAAUAAAAAUGGUCUUGAAGUAUAUGUACCCUGAUGGUAUCUAUGACUACAAUAUCCUCAAAGAGGACUACAUCCGAUUUACAGAGAUCAUCGACAACAUGAUGGACGGUGGGUUUCCGUUCAUUAUGGAACCGAAUACAAUGGACUCGUUAAUGAACCAAACGACUACUUCACAGAAGAUCGAGAAAGUAGUUCUUGGAGAUUUAUUAGUGAACUACGACAAAGACGCAUUGGGCUCUCGAACGUUGCCGUGGAGAAAGGACGGUGUCGUCCAUAAGAACAACGAAAUUCUCUUUGAUGUGAAUGAACGCGUUAACACCGUCUUUAAUCUUGUGACUGGGAAGUCGACACGGACUGAAGUGAUAGGGGAGGUCGUUUGUUUGUCAGCACUUACUGGGAUGCCAGACAUCACUCUCAAAUUUGAAAACCCCCAAAUCAUGGAUGACGUCUCGUUCCAUCCUUGUGUUCGAAUAGGACGAUGGGAACAACAAAAAGUCCUCUCCUUUGUCCCCCCAGAAGGGAAGUUUUCGCUCUUCAAUUACCGGGUCAGAGGCACUCUUCAAGCACCAAUCAAGCUUGGAGGAUCUGUGAAAUAUACGGAUACCAAAGGAAUUAUUGAGUUGUCGGUGUACGCUAAUAACAUCCCAGGCUUUGGAAUGGGACAACUGAAAAGCGAGGUGAUCAACAUGACGAUGACUAUUGAAUUGCCCGUUUCAGUCACUUCAUGCGAGUUAGUGGUGAAUACAGGGAACUACAAGUUCGAUGCCGUUAAACAUUUGCUUAUUUGGAAUAUUGGAAAACAAAACCCAAAGGUUGUCCCAACAAUCAGUGGCACCGUGAACCGUUCGAUGUACGAGGAUGUCGACACCUUCACUAAAGUCUCCAUGGGGUUCCAAAUCAUCAACUAUGCUGUUUCUGGACUCAAAUUUAAACACCUUGACUGCAACCAAGCGUACCAAGUCCGUAAGGGUGUCAAAUUCACAACUUAUCAAGGAAGAUAUUUGGUGAAGGUCUAA